CGCCCCCCGGGGGUUACUAGGAUACCGCCCCGGCAUAUCCCCCUUACUUCCGGCGUGAGAUGGCGGCGACGAGAACGUGUCCGUCCGUGGUCGAUCGUUACUUCACCCGUUGGUACAAAACAGAUGUGAAAGGCAACCUCUGUGAAGAUCAUUGUAUCUUGCAACAUUCUAAUAGGAUAUGCGUUAUUACUGUGGCAGAAUCUCACCCUGUGUUACAGAGUACAAACAAAAUAAAAAGUAUUAGCUACCAAAUCAGUGCCAACUGCAGCCGAUUACAAAACAAGGUCUCGGGAAAGUCUAAACGGGGUGGACAGUUUCUGACGGAACUUUCCCCAUUGUGCAGGAUAAUGUGUGAAAAUGGUGAGGAGUACACAAUAUACAGCUGUAUCAGGGGACGUUUAUUGGAAGUAAAUGAAAAUAUUCUCCAGAACCCCAGCCUUCUACAAGAAAAGCCCUCCACAGAAGGAUACAUUGCCAUUGUGCUACCCAAGUUUGAAGAAAGCAAAAGCAUUACCCAAGAUUUAAUUAACCAGGAGAUGUAUGAAGACAUUAUUUUGAAGAGAGACAUUUUGGCAGCAGAACCGUUAAACACUGACACCAGUGAUCCAGUAACCCCCAGCGUAGUUUGAACAACUGAAGGUCACCAUUUUGAUUCUGUGUUGCAAAGGAGAGACUGGGGUGCUUUUCCCUGGAACGUAGGAGGCUGAGGGGUGACCUUGUAGAGGUAUAUAAAAUUAUGAAGUGCUAAGAUAAGGCGGAUGUUGUCUUUUUCUGAGAAUGCUGGAGUUUAAAAUUAGAGGGCAUAGAUGAGAGCGGAAUUAUUUAGAGAGGACAGGAGGGACAACGUUUUCCAUACAGUGGGUGGUGGGUGAGUUGCCAGAGCAAGUGGUAGAGGUGGGUAGAAUUACAAUGUUUAAAAGACAUUUGAACAUGUAUAUGGAUAGGAAUAUUUUGGAGAGAUGCGAGGCAAAUGGUACAACCCGGAUAGGCAUUACCAGGUCGGCAUUAAUAAGUUGGCUGAAGGGCCUGUUUCCAUGUUGUAUAACUCUGAAUCUAUAAAAGUAAAAUCAAGCAUGACAAUAAAAAUUGGCAGGAACUUCAUGAAA